AUGGAGGACGACGACUACAACCUGAAAGACGAGCUUCUCGCGGCAUGUGCCCUGCUCGGCCGGCGAGUGGACCAGAACGAAUACAUCAAAGGGGAGGAGUGCGUGGAGACUCUCAAGGACCUGCAGCAGUUCUUACAUCGCGAUGAUUCUGUGGGGGACAUAGACCAACCCAACAGCGUCGACAGUCUCGGGAGAAGAGUCGCCCCUCGCGUGCCAUGGGAGCUCCACAGAGCGCUCGCCGACUGGAAUAUUCUUCAGAACCAUGUCCUCCCGCUCAUCGCUAGUUACGCAGGCGAUGACCCUGAGAUCUUGUACGAGUGCAUGGUUGUGACGUACCUCAUGACCUCCCUGCCUCCCCUCCCCAUCGUGCACCUCGACGAUGAGAAGGAUGUCCGGGCUCAGAAGCACAAGGUCUACGGGGCCGCUCUCGUCCCCGCCUUCGAGGCUCUUGCCAUCUUCAAGGAGCAGUUCGCUAACAGUCAAGACGUCCUGACGAUCAUCAUGAAGUGGCUCAUGGAUCCCCUCCUGCACGAGGGCAGCGACCGCACAGAGCCCGAGAUGCUCGUCCUCGACUUGGUCCUCAACCUCAUAAGAAACCUGCUGCAAAUGCAGCCUCCUGCUGGGUCCAUGGUGGAGCUUCCCACAGCCUUGGUCGCGAAGCUGGCGAUGGCGCAAGACACACUGAUCUUGAAGAUGGCGGAAGAGAACGUGCUGGAGAUGCUGAUCCUACUGGCUCAACAAAUCGAGGAAGAGGAGAAUCGCAACUGGAAUCUGCUGCUGCUGGACAUCUUUGCACUCAUCUUUGUGAAGGAAGAUCCUACCGAGGUGCUUGCGAGCACGGAGAUCUCGAGUGGGGAUUGGCUGAACAGCAUGAGGAGAGAGCUGCUUCUCAAGAGCAUCCCAAAGGCUGAGACCAACACCAUGCGGAAGUCGACUUGCUUCAGUCGGCACCAACGAUUCGCAGGUCUGUUUCAAGUGAAGACCAACGAGGAAGUCAAGUUUGUCAGCCACAAGAUCGACGCCGUUCGAUCCGAAGGCCCUCGCAAGACCAUGCGAGCUGGUCCGCGACGGAAGCCGCUCAUGGAGGUGCGAGUGAACAGGCAGAAAGACAGGAGCGACGUGCUCAAGACGUUGGACUCGUACGCCUCCACCUUCCUCGAGGUCGGCUUCAACUCGCUCCUCGGCACUGUGACCUACGACUACGCCAUGGAGAGCGCGGCGCUGGUGGCGUCGGACGACUUGAACUUCGCGACGGUCAGCGCCUGGUUCCUCCACUACUUCCGCUUGAAGGAGAAGCGUCGCAUCGCCAGCCUCCCUCCCCGCCCGAAGCCCAGCAAAGAGAAAGAAAGCCAAGAGGCUUCGCAGGCAGGGCUCACGGAGGAGCUCGUGCUUUCAGUCGCCAACGCGACGAGCAGCUCGGAAGCGAAUCAUGUCGAGAGCUACGUGAGCCAGUGCGUGGCUGCGCAUGAGCAUGGAGAGAAGGCGAGGGAGGAGACGCAUGAGCAUGGAGAGGAGGCGAGGGAGGAGACGCAUGAGCAUGGAGAGAAGGCGAGGGAGGAGAGCAAGAGCAAGGCAGGGGAGGACGCGACGGCCUCGAGCCUGUCGCGAGCAGACGAGGAGGGUCGCGUGGAGAGACAACUCAACUUUGACGAGGCUCAAGGGGAGGAGGCGAUGAAAGAGCCCGCCUCGGAGGCAGAGCAUGGUGAAGCGAGAGGAGCAGAAGCAUCGCAGCCACAUGGCGAGGAAGCGACGAUGAAAGAGGUCAUGACGGACAAGCAUCAAGAGGCGGAGCAGGACGAGAAGGAGGAGGGGGGCAAGGAGGAGGAGGAGGAGGAAGUUGAUCCCUACGACUACAACGCUGCUUUCGUCUCGUCGCUCGUCGACCUCUCGAACCUCCGGUGGGUGCUGGAGAAGAUCAAUGUGCUGAUGAAGCCGGAGAGAGGCAGCGGGGGAGCCCAGCACCACAAGGUCCCUCCCUUCAUCUCGAUGCUGCGAGAGCUUGUGCUGACCGUUCAGUCACUCUACUUCUCGUACUCGAGGCACAACAAGGAUGUGGCGAGUCAGCUGCUGAGGAACCUGGUCUACGAGUGGGACCUCGGCGACACUCUCCUGUGCAUCAUCAAGGACUUUCGCCCCUUCCGCAACACCCGCAGCCACCUUGCCGACGUCGUCGACCUGACCCACACGCUCCUGCGCCUCAUCAAGAGCUUCUCUGAGGACAACCAGAACCUCCAACGGCUGAAGAAGCGGAGGAGGAGGAGGAACCGACGGGGAGUCGAGAAGGCUGAGGGCGAGGGCGAGUGGCUGGGCGGGGAGAGCGAGGAAGAGAUCUUGGACGAGGAGUACCACGAGGUCAUGUUCAACUUCAACAGCUACCUCAAGCGGUUUGCUCACCCUCAGGUCGUGUCGACGUACGUCCACCUGCUGUCUCACUACAGGGUCAACUCGGACCAGACGAACCAUCAGGUCGUGAAGAUGCUCGACGUGAUCGCCCGCAAGUGCGAGUUCCUCCCCAUGCUCUUCCAGCUCUCCGCCUUCCGCAUCUUCGACAGGAUCCUGAGCGACUCCUCGCUGGACGGCAAGGACAAGUACAAGGAGAUGGUCAACUUCGUGCGGUGGAUCGUGCGGGAGUUCUUCAAGCUCUCGCUCGUCAGCCCUUGUCUCUUCCUCGAGCUCCUCGCCUGGACGCGAUCGGCCAGAGACGCCGAGCUGAUCGCCAACGCCUACAAGCCCGUGGUGGAGGAGAGGAGCAGGAAGCCGGGCAAGGGAGAGGAGGCGAUCCUGCAGCAGAUCGGCAGGAGCGCAGGGAAGUGGACGGAGGACGACGACCUGGCACUGCGGGAGGCUCAUCAGCAGUUCGGGUCCAAGGCCAACGCGCUGCAGCUGAUCUCGAUGCUCCUUGAGGGCAAGUCGGUCAAGCAGAUCGCGCUGAGGAUGAACAAGCUCGGGCUCGUGCGCGUCGGGCAUGACGACUGGUCGGAAGGAGAGGAGGAGGAGGAGGAAGAAGACCUCUUCUCCUCUCGCCAGGACCUCUACACUUGUGCUCGCAGGCUCAGGAACGCGCGGCCGGCGGCUCUUGACUGGAUCGUCGACAACUUGGCGCUGGCGUGUAGAGCGAGCGAGGAGAUGCGGCUAGCGGCGGGGAGGAGCGAAGAGCGCGCGAGCUUCCUGCGCGUCCAAGACUUCUCGCUGGUCCCGACGAAGAGCGCGGAGUGGGAGCACGCGAUUGACCCGCUCGUCUCGAAGCUCCUCUGCUCCAUGCGCCUGCUCGGCCCUCGGCCAACGGAGGGUCACGCGUUCUGGCGGUUCCCCGCGAGCCUGCUGGAGGACGAGGAGCGCGCAGAGAAGAUGCUGGAGGAGCUGCGGGGGGUGCAGGAGAUUCCCGUGGAGGAGACGCGGCGAGCUGAAGUAGAGGCGACCCCUGACCCUCCCGCGAGGACGCAAGAAGACGCCACGUCAUCGAUGGCGACCCGGCCGAAGCGACGCGUGCGAGAAGCGACGUCAGAGUCAGAGAACGAGGAGGAGAACGGCAGGCGAUACAACUUUAAGAACCUGUCGGAGGAGGAGGAGGAGGAGGAGGAGGGGGAGGAGAAGCAGGGCAAGGAGAUGGAGAAGGAAGUAGAUGAGAUGGAGCUUGAGGGUGAGGAGAAGAAGGAUGACCAGGAGGAAGGGGAGGAGGAAGAGGCAAGAGACAUAGUCGCCCUCCCCCUUUCGCUCGUCGACAAGUUCCGCUCGGAUCAGCUCGCAGGACGGAAGAGACUUCGUCGAGUCGCCUUGUCGGACGAGAGCGACAACGAGUGA